AUGGGGAGCGGGCGGCCCAGGCGUGCGGCCAAGGCGGAAGCCGAAGCACGCAUCGCCGCCCUGAACACUAACGUUGAAGGAGAGCAGACGGAAUCGGGGGCCCUGGUCGCGCGGAACGCGAACGGAGCACAAGCACCGGCCCAGCGAGAGGGCACGGGCGUCAAACGGAAAGCCGAGGGCGACUCAGGCGCCCGGCGCGCACAGGGGAAGAAGGACGACGAUGACUACACCCCAGACGCGCCCGCGAAGAGGGCUGCUGUGCGGGCGAAGCGGCAGAAGGUCGCGAAUCAGGGCGAGCCCCGUCGUCCUCCGGCGGGAGCGGCUGCGGAGCGAGCCAAGGCGGGCAACGCGGACACUGACCAGUUCAACGUCCCAGAAGUGGUCAAGAUCGGAAACAGCCCCGAGUACGUAGUCACGGACAAGUUAGGCAAGGGCGGAUUCGGCCAAGUGUUUUGUGGCGUCAGGAAGAGCACGCGCGGCAAGAGUGGCCCAGCAGAGGCGGCCCUGAAGUUCGAGCACAAGUCUAGCAAGGGGUGCACCCAUGGGAAGCCGUACGAGUGGCACGUGUACUCGGAGCUCGGGGACUGUUACGGGAUCCCCAAGGCGCACUACAAGGGCUCGCAGGACGAGUUCUUCAUCCUCAUCAUGGACGUGCUCGGGCCGAGCCUGUGGGACGUCUGCAGCAAGCGCAUGAGCGUCGUCGACGACGUCUUCGUCGCCUGCGUCGCGAUGGAGUCCCUGGCGAUCCUCGAGCAGCUCCACCGCAAAGGAUACGUCCACGGCGACGUCAAGCCGGAGAACUUCCUGAUGGGCAAGGCCGGCAGCGAGGACCACAACCGCCUGUUCCUCGUGGACCUCGGCCUCGCCACGCGCUGGAACGGCGGCACGGUAGGGCAGCAUGUGUCCUACGAUCAGAAGCCGGACGACUUCAGGGGCACGAUCCGCUACGCGUCGGUGCACGCGCACCUCGGGCGGACGGCGUCGCGGCGGGACGACCUGGAGUCGCUGGCGUACAUGCUGGUGUUCAUGUUGAAGGGGCGGCUGCCGUGGCAGGGGUACCAGGGCGCGGACAAGGGGUACUGGGUGUGCAAGAAGAAGAUGCAGACCCCCCCCGACAUCCUGUGCGGGCGCAGCAGCGACGUGCUCGUGCAGUUCACCCGCAGCGUGUACAGCCUGGCGUUCGACGAGGAGCCGCCCUACGGCGCGUACACGCAGCUGUUCAGCUCCGUGGUGCAGCGCCACCAGGAGGCCAACCUGCCGCUGUGCAUCGACGGCGCGAAGGCGCUCCUGCAGCGCAGGGGGCACGAGGUCAUCAAGGACGAGUACCAGGGCGCCCCGCGCCGCCGCAUCCGCACGGGGUGGCCCACGUCGCAGUGGAUCACAGUGUACAACAAGUUCGAGCCCAUGAAGCAGCGGUACCACUACAACGUGGGGAGCCUGCGGCUGGACACACACAUCUCCAAGGGGUUCGCGGACGGGCUGACGAUCAGCAGCGUGGCGUGCUACAUGGGUUUGUGGGCGGUGAUCAUGGACGUGGGCACGGGGUACUCGGGGCAGACGUACAUUUUGGCGAACGAGUUUCUGCCCAAGGCGUGGAUCAUGGAGCGGUGGGAGGAGGGGUACUACAUCACGGCGGUGGCGGGGGACCAGCCCGGGGGCGUGGCGGCGAGCGCGGGCCACUCGUGCAUGGUGGUCAUGUCGCGGGGCACGCGCUACACGCAGCAGUCGUACAAGAUCUCCGACACGUUCCCGUACGAGUGGAUCAAGAAGAAGUGGCGCGAGGGGUUCCACGUGACCUCGAUGGGCACGCACGGCGCCACGUGGGCCGUCGUCAUGUCGCGCAACGCCGGCUUCUACGACCAGUGCGUGGAGCUCGACUUCCAGUACCCCUCCGAGGGCAUCCACUACCGCUGGGACGCCGGGUACCGCAUCACCGCGCUCGCCGCGACCAGCGAGGAGGCCGCGUACGUGCUCUCCGUGCCCCGGAAGCGCCCCCUGUACGAGACGCAGGAGACCAUGCGCACCAGCACCUUCCCCUCCACGCACGUCCGCCAGAAGUGGGCGCGCGACCUCUACGUCGCGGGCGUCGCGUUCGGACGCACCGUGAGCUAG